AUGCCAGGCAGCAACCAAGAUUCGAAAGGGCGCGCUGCAGUAAUGGCACAGAGCGGCGAACGGACCACGGUCAUGAUGUGCAACCUGCCGAUGUCCUACACGUCCGACAGGUUGGUCGUCUUCUUGGAUCUUCACGGAUACUCGAAGCAGUUCGACCUUGUCUACGCACCAAUCAAUUUCAAGAGCAUGACUUGUGUUGGCUAUGCUUUUGUGAAUUUCAUCACUCACGAGCAGGCGACGCACUUCAUGGAUGCAUUUGAUGGUUUCGACAAAUGGGGUUCGCCAUGUCAGAGCCCGUGCUUCCUAUGCUGGAGCGACGUCCAAGGCCUUAAUCAUAAUGUCAGGUACUAUCAAAACAGCCCUGUUAUGUGUGAGUCGGUGCCAGAUUUCUGCAAGCCCAUUCUCUUGAAGGACGGUGUGCAGAUAUCAUUUCCGAAGCCGACCAAGAAGUUGCGCGCGGUGAAGUGCCGCAGGGGCAUGGCCGAACGCGACUAG